AUGCACAAAAUUGCGCAAAGGGCGCGAUUCUCGAAUCGCGCACCAAUUCUCACACACUCAAACUUGGAUCAAUCGCAACUAGUUUCCAAGUUUUCAAACCAUGCUACCAUUGAUACAAAUCCAACGUUUUUGUCUUAUGCUGCCAUAGAUAGCGCUCGCACAGUUGAAUCUCUUGAUUAUCGGGAAAUUACAAGCACAAGAGAACUUAGGAAUACAUUUGACAAAUACAAUAGAAACGUUUUAUCUCGAUGCCUGAACUGGACUUCGGGGGCAAUUGAUAAUCAUCAUGCAGCCAGCUAUGUGGUAAAUCGUCAUUUUACAGCCGAUCACAAUGAUAAAUGCACAAAGGGGUUCUCAAGUAAGCAUCUUAAAAGUAUUCCAGACUUUGUAAGGAUAGUGGAGGUUGGUGCAAGGGAUGGAUUGCAAAAUGAGAAGGUUAUUGUCCCCACUAAUGUGAAAAUUGAAUUGAUAAAACUGCUAGUUUCUUCUGGGUUGUCUGUUGUUGAGGCGACAAGUUUUGUCUCACCAAAAUGGGUGCCACAGUUGGCAGAUGCAAAGGAUGUAUUGAAAGCAAUUCAAGAUGUUGAAGGUGCUAGUUUUCCUGUCUUAACUCCAAAUCUCAAAGGUUUUGAGGCAGCUGUUGCUGCUGGAGCUAAGGAAGUGGCUGUUUUUCCCGCUGCUUCUGAAUCAUUCUCUAAAGCAAAUCUCAAUUGUGGCAUUGAGGAUAACCUUGCACGUUGCCGUGAUAUUGUUUCAGCUUCUAGAAGCCUCAAGAUCCCAGUUCGUGGAUACAUCUCAUGUGUUGUGGGAUGUCCUCUGGAAGGAAAAAUUGCUCCAGCAAAAGUAGCUUACGUUGCAAAAUCACUUUAUGAGAUGGGGAUCUCGGAGAUUUCAUUAGGGGAUACAAUUGGUGUUGGCACCCCUGGUACCGUCAUUCCUAUGCUUGAAGCUGUUCUUGAUGUCGUUCCAAUUGAUAAGCUUGCUGUCCAUUUUCACGAUACUUAUGGUCAGGCACUUUCAAAUAUUCUAAUUUCACUACAGAUGGGGAUCAGCACAGUGGAUUCAUCUGUCUCUGGUCUUGGAGGCUGUCCAUAUGCCAAGGGUGCAACUGGGAAUGUGGCCACUGAAGAUGUUGUUUAUAUGCUGAAUGGACUUGGAGUUAAAACUAAUGUUGACCUUGGAAAACUUAUGCUUGCUGGGGAUUUCAUCUGCAAGCAUUUAGGACGUGCAUCUGGUUCAAAAGUCACAACGGCAUUGAAUAAAGUUACAAAUUGUGCCUCUAAACUUUGA